GGGGGGGGGGUCUCUCGCUCGGCGCGGAUCGCUGCGGGCUCCGCGCGGCCAUGGAGGCGGACGGGAGCCAGGCGACCUCGGGCGGCCCCGGCGAGGCGCAGCACGACCCCGGCAAGAUGUUCAUCGGCGGCCUCAGCUGGCAGACCUCCCCAGACAGCCUGCGCGACUAUUUCAGCAAAUUCGGGGAGAUCCGGGAGUGCAUGGUCAUGCGAGACCCCACCACCAAGCGCUCCAGAGGCUUCGGCUUCGUGACGUUCGCGGACCCGGGCAGCGUGGACAAGGUGCUGGCCCAGCCGCACCACGAGCUGGACUCCAAGACGAUUGACCCUAAAGUUGCGUUUCCCCGACGAGCUCAGCCUAAGAUGGUCACAAGAACAAAGAAAAUAUUUGUAGGUGGAUUAUCGGCUAAUACAGUAGUGGAAGACGUAAAGCAAUACUUUGAACAGUUUGGCAAGGUAGAGGACGCCAUGCUUAUGUUUGACAAGACGACCAACAGGCAUAGAGGAUUUGGUUUCGUUACUUUUGAAAAUGAAGAUGUGGUGGAAAAAGUCUGUGAAAUCCACUUCCACGAAAUCAAUAAUAAAAUGGUAGAAUGUAAGAAAGCACAACCUAAAGAAGUGAUGUUUCCACCAGGGACGAGAGGAAGGGCGCGCGGAUUGCCGUACACCAUGGACGCUUUUAUGCUGGGGAUGGGAAUGUUGGGUUACCCGAAUUUUGUCGCGACAUAUGGCCGAGGAUAUCCUGGAUUUGCCCCAAGUUACAGCUAUCAGUUUCCAGACUAUUUGCCGAUUUCACAAGACAUAAUUUUUAUCAACUAGUUCUUAAAGAUGCAUAACAAAUUAAUCGGGGUUUACUACAGUGCUAAUGAGAGAGAGAGAGACAGACAAAGCCUGGGUGGUCCAUGUUAAUAUCAAUGUCCACUGAGAAAUUGCUGCUCUUGCUGGCUGGUUUGAUUGAAUGGACUUUUUACUUUAUUUUUUUUAAAGGCUCCAUAUCCUCACUGCUUUGAGUUUGCUUUUUAUUAUUAUUUUUUUAAUUUUGUUAUUUUUUCCCUCUGCUUUGUUAUGAGUUUUUAAUGCCCACUUGGAAUGUAACUCACAGGGAUGGGGAGAGGGGCAUUACGAAGGCAUGACUUCUCACAAACUUCUUAGGCAUAAUUCUGUCCGGGGAGCAAAAACGAUGGUUGGGCCUCACAACCAGCCCCAGAGGGAUGCUGGCACUUGGUGCAGCAGCACAUGUCGUAGCUAGAGCGGAGCGAGGCCGCCGUCUCCUCUCGCUGGGGUUCCAGCGGAUCAGGGCUGAAUUACCCCCAGAGCGCUUCUCGUGCUGCAGCAGCCGCCCAUGGCUGUGCUGUGCUGUGCUUGGGGCGGCUCUGCCUGGGGCAGCUGCUGCCUCGGGGUUGGGGUCGGUGGCUUCUGUGUGGCCACCACUGAACCACAGUGUCCCACCCCUCAGUGCCAUCCCCUCAAUGACAUCCUCCUGCCUCCUGCAGCAGGCGAUGCUUCCACCUCCUCCUGCAAUCGCUUUUGCUUGCAGACUUUACUUGCAAAUUGUGAGCAGAUUGCUUAAAUUUGGGCAGGAGGGGCUUUCACUGUGCUGCUUUCAGCUGUGCUGCACCUCUCAAUCUCAAAUGCCCGAACUGCAAACCUGUGAUCUGCUGCUGUUGUCCAUUGGCUCCGCUUUAACAAGACCAGAUUCUGCUGGUUUGGGUAGAAAGCACACAUGGUAUCUUUUUUUCAAGUGUUUCUACCUACCUUAUAAGUUUGUGAGAAGUAAAUUGCAUGCUUACAGUAGAACUGUAAUGCAUUUUAAUGUUUGUUAAUCCACUUGUUUAAAAUGUCGGUGUCAAAGGCUCUGCGAUACACGGCUGUGCUGUUCAUUUCAUUAAAGAUGCUUGAUGUAACGAUUGGUUAGUUUCCUUUUUACUUUCCUGCAGGCAAUAGCUUUUUUAAUCUGUAUGGCUUCUUAUUAUUUUGUUUGGGUUUUUUUUUUUUUUUGCUAUGAAUUGCUUUGCUUUUGUGAACUUGUCUUAGUGUGCAUGAUUUGCAAACAUUUCGGCUGUUGUGAAUUUUCUCAUUUUUUGUAAAUAGUCCAUCUGUGCUUUUUUUUUUUUAUGACUUUUUUUCCUGUAAGUAACUGAGGUAGAGAAUAAUAAUAAAUUGUUUACAACGGAUGUGCUGUGUUGCUGCUCUCUUAGCUUGCAGAUUUAAUAUUUUGGUUUGGAUGCACCAAAUAACCAGUACCAAUGACAGCUUAAUAAAAGAAUGACACCACCACCACUCCCAGCGCGUGAGCCACUGUUGGAAGAGCCUGCAAACGAAUGGUUACGUAUGAGGUGUGUUGACAGCAAAAAUGAAAACAAAAGCAAUGACAGCGCACUCAUAGCUGGGGGAGAGCGCUGUCUGCCCGUAAAGUUGCAGCGUUCCCAGCAGUGACCGAGGUGGGUUUGAGCACCAAACUGUAGCUGUGGUAGAAACUCGUGCUGCAAAUUGUCCGGCACUGGUGAGCAGGAGGCUCUUUUGCUGCUUGGAAAUGGAAGGGACAAUGGGGUACGUGAUGCUUUAGGGCAGUGUCAUGGCAGAAGGUCCUGUGCUGGGACAGCAGCGUUUGCCCUGAGCCGUGCUGCAGAGUGCAGAGCUGCCAUCGCUGUGGGUGUCACUGUGACCCUUCUGCUGUCACUGCCCGGUGCUGGGGGAUGUCAGAGUUGCUCAGAAGCCUUCAGCUCAGGAAUUUAAAUUUCUUUUUAAUGAAGGGUUUGUUUGCUUGUGUGUUUGUUAAAGCUUAUUAAAGCCUUUGUAUGUGGGAAGAGGUGGGAAAGCCAGAUAUUAUCACAAACUUUCCUGAGCUCCUGUAAGAACAAUUGCAUAUUAAUAAUCCAUAGUCUGCAAAGCCUGGAGCCUGGUUCUGGGUUGUGCUCCUGCUGGAAACACACAAUGCAAGGGAGCUGAGUCUGAACGGGGACUUUCUAUUAUUAUGAGAAUAUUUAAAACCAAACCAACUUUCUGCUAAUGCACAGAGUUUAGUUUAGUUUCUUUCCUGAUAGCAGUUGCGCACUGCUCACUCAUCAGCAAUUGAUUCUGAGUAGGAUGGUGUCCUUCCCUAAAAGUUACUUCGGGAUGCUCACCUGGUAGGUGUGGUAGCUGCUUUCUGGGUCAAGAAAAGGAGCUGAUACCAGAGGGAAAGGUAAUGAUUACAGUAAUGACAUGCUUAAGGCUUCUUUUGUAUUGUGUCUGAAAGAAAGGGCAACUUCCUUCCUUACCUCUUUCUGGUGCUGAGGACAUUCAGCAGUGCAACGAAGCUGUGAGCUGGCUUUGCUCCUGCAGGUCUCUUGGUUCCCCGCUCCUUUUUAAGUAAUCUAAGAGAAACACAGUGGGACUGGAGGAAACAAGCAUGUCCAUAGUUACACUUGGUGCCGUGCUGGGUACAGCCUGGCCAGGCUGGGAGCAGGAUGUUCGCUCAGCAGGGAUGCAGAGCAGCUCUCCUCCAGGGACUGCGCUGUGGUUCUGCCCAGCUGCACUGGCUGAGCUCCAUCUCCCAGCACAACAUGCGUGGUGCUGCCAGGAUCCCAAGCUCCCUUCUGUGCUCCAGCACCCAGCUCUCUGCUCAGGUGAUGGGGAAGUUCCAAAAGCAGAGAUGCUGCUUGCAUGUGGUUUCCUUGCUAGCAGGGAGUAAUGAAGUUAGUACUGAAGGAGUCUGCUCCCUACCACACUCUUGUAAAGCACUGUUACGCAAGUUGUAGACUUGUCUAACAAAGAAUGUGUUUGUCUAGAUGUGAUAAUUUAGUGAUCAAACUUAACAUUAAGGAAGACAGAAGUUACUGGCAGCUGCAGAAUAGGAGGAGGCGAUGCAAAAUACACUUGGUGUAUUUUCAAUUAGUGAAGCCUUGCAGCAGCGAGAGAUGCUGAACGAAGUUGGAACUGCUCUCACUCCUUUGUCUAACCUUUUCUUAACAGCUUAAAGUCUGCUGCCAUCAUCCCUGCGCUGCGUGCUUUUGUUCACCAAAAAAACACAUUACUGUAUCUGCAUGGCAUCAAAUGGUUCACAAAGUGCAUUUGAAAUCUGCUAGAAUCACCUUAAUUAUCGCUCUUCAGAACUCUUAGUUCUGUCUCCAUCAGUGAAAACAAAGGCCAUGGACUUGACCUGGUCUAAAAAUUAAGAGUUUGGGUUUCUCUGGUUGGCAGAGGACAGGCUGAGGAGUUCUUGGUGCAGCUGCAUUCCGGCAGUGAGGAGCAACUGAACUGAACUGAAAGAGCAGCUGACAAACUGAGAAAUGAAUGUAGCAAAGCCUAUGCAUUCCCAGCCAGAAGGUACUCCUUCAAGUUGUAUUAGAUGAUAAGAGUUUUGUUUUGAUUAAGUAAAAAAGACUGCCUAGAGCUGUUGUCUGAGCCCAAGCAGAGCUUUGGCAGCUUUGCCUUUUAUAGGUAUCUUUUGUUUAUGAGUUUAUUUUUUUGUGUUGCACAGAAGUGCUUUGUAGAAAUUCGCACCUCCUAUGUCCUCUGCCCUUCCAAAUAAUAUCCUGGUGUUGAGUUGGAGGGGAGGCCUUCAGGAGGAUCCGCUGGUCCUGGUCUGUGCUCCAGCUGCCAGCAGGGCACGAGGAAGGCUCUGUGCUGCGUGCUGGUAAGAGCUCAUCUGAAGGACCAAAGCACACCCUGUCCUUCCUUAGGCUUUUCCUUACUCAGUGCCUGAGCAGGAGGAGCACCCUGACUGCUGACCUUGGGAGCCUCUGCCCAUUCCCAGCUGCUCACUGAACUGUGCAAGAGCCAGGCUGUAAAUAUCCACAGCCAUUGCCCUGGGAAUGAGUGGUCCUAUGGGGACGAGGAGGACAGGAAGGAGCAAACAUCGCAGCCUACAGCUCCUGUGUGACUGUGUGGUGAGCAGAGACCGGGAAACGUAACGGGAGUUAUUUCCAACAGCUAAGAGUUGUAACUCAAGCAGAACGUGUGGGACAAAGCAGAGAUCACCCCAUGGAGCAAAUGAUGCGAUCUGGAGAUGCCAUUCUGCUGUGAGGGGUUCUGCGUGCCCCAGCUGCAUGGAGUGUGGCAGCUUGCCUGCGUGGACCUGCAGAGGCUGAAGGCCUGAUCCUUAGCCGUAAGGCUGUUACAGAUAGAGUAAGGGGCUGAAAAAGAACUCGUAGUGAUGAUUCUCCAUAAAGCAGGAAGACAUUCCAACGUGAAUGUUUUUCAGUGGCAUUUAUUGAUAGGGUUCCACGCUUCUACUGAAGCGUCCAGUCGCCUGCAGGUGCGCCUCCUCCCCAAAGCAGUGCACUGCCAGCACUACAGCGCUGCUCUGAGGGCUUCAGGCUGAGUCUCAGCAUCCUCUGCUCAGCCCGUUUUUGUGACGUGGGUCCUGAGCUGCACAGCAGCAGUUCCCCCAGCCCAGAGCUGCAGGGAUGCAUUGACCACAUGGCUGUGGUGUGGCAUCAGGAGCGGCUUUUGUUCCUGGGACCCCGCACAUGGUGCAGAGCUGCCGACCCCCUGCCCCUCUGCUUAAUCAUCUCUCUGCUGGAGCCCCUCCCUUGUGGAGUUCUUCCAACUCCAGCUUCCAGACAUGGGUUUUUCUUAUGCGUUUUUUCAUAGCCUGGGAUCCGUCUUUUAAUAAUACUUACCCAGAUAGUUUAGAUCAUUCAUAAAAAUUUAAGCAAGCUGUUUAAACAAAAUAGCUCAUUUUCCAUACCAUCGAAGCACUCAAAUGAGGCUUUAAGCAAAUCAGCGCCGCUUUGCUGAACUUUAAAUACAUGCCGUGAUGCUCUUCCCUCCGCCCUGCCCUGUUUGUUAGUGGGAGGUGAUGAUUCAGUGCUGCUGGGCCGGGGCAUGGGGAGCCCACAGGCAUUCCCCCCUGCUGCCAGCGUUCCUCUUCUAUAGACCUUGUUUAUUAGACAUCGAUGGUAGGCAUUUGGCUCUGGGCUUUAAAAUGAGAAAUGCUUUCAGUGGGGCAAUCAGCUUAGUACUGAAGAGAAUUACUUGCUUUUAGGAAGCGAUUUAGUUGAGAUUCUCUUUCACGCACAUGAGCUGCUUUCACCUGAAGCUCAUAAUUCCCUGUGUUUUACCAGAUUAGGAAAUUAGGGAAGAUUACUUACUGAGCUGAAGCAUUGGGUGGUGGGAGGUGCAGUGUUUGCAGGGCACAGUUGAGGAGCAGAGUUGGAUGCCUUAAGGAGAGUAAAUAGACUAAGGCAGCUAGCGGCCCUUGCUUUGGUUUUGGGGGUUUUCCUUUUUUGUGUUUUUUUGUUUUUUGUUUUCUAUAUGAAUACUUUACUGAGAAUGAGCCAUUUGCCUUUGAGAACUUUCCCAGUUUUCUGCACGGUGAAAUGACUGCAGAAGGGUUAUUACACUCGAAAUGACACAGAACGAUAAUUUGGAGACAAACAAGGCUUUGUCUCAGUGAUGCAUAAAGUAAUUACUGGGCAAAAGUGCAUCAUUCUCAUUUUAAAAACCGUGGCCUGAGAGUGGUAAACAGCUGAAAAAUGGGUCGUUCACUGUACAUAAAGCGCAAGUGCCAAAUUUUGAGUUAACUAUAUUUGGAUUUUAUUGUUUUGUUGAAAUUCCAGAGCAGAAGCAUUAUUUGCCGUAAGAACAUCCGGCGCGACGCGCAUCGCGGGUCUGACGUGGAGCGUUUCCCCACCAAGACCGCGACGCGUCGUACAUUUCAAGCGGCAGACGGCUGUGCCUUGAAUAACAGAGGGCUGCUAAUGAGGUUUCCAUUAUGCGUGAUGUGCUGAAUCUGAAGUUCGCUAAUUUUCUGACCUGCUGAAAUAGAUUUUAAUAAGCUUGAUGUACCACAGCAUAUAAAGACAAAGGGAAGCGCUUAAUGGGGCUGUCAGGAUAACUCUGGGCAGGCCUGGGGAUGCUUAAAGUGUUAGUGGAGUUGAUGGGAAGCUUGGCAGCAGACUGCGUGCCCACGAGCGCUGCCCAGUGCCGUGGUGCUGCGGGCAGUGGGAGAGCUUUGUGGGUCUGCAGUCAAAUCAGGAGAGUUAAUUGCUCCUAAAGCACGACAGCGGGUUGUGAGUGGUCAGGUGCUGUCCUGAUCUUUCAGUGAGCCUAGAUGGAGUUUGAUUUCUCUGGGCAUGUUCCUCCAACGGUGAGUGGUCGGCUGUUCAUCUAAAGCUUGACACGGCAGCUGCGUUUUAUUUUUCAUUUUUGUUCCUUGUAGAAAAGGAGGGGGGGGAGGUGGAGGACUGAAAGAUGAAAGUUUUGAGCAUAAAGGGAUUGUUUUGGGAUUGAGCUUUCCCUCGUGUGUGCUCACCAUUAAAGGCUGCAUUUGUGUCCGGUAAAUUGGACCCAUGCCUGCCUGCCUCCCAAAAAAAGGCAGCGGGCUCUUCUGCUUCAUGGUUGCGAGUCUGAUACUUAUGAAAUGAAGCCUAAAGAUCCGACAAAGAGGAUAACACUGCCUAAUGGAAAGAAUAAUGCGGGCGAGAACCCAUCUGAAAUGACAGCUGUGAGCCUCGCGCUGCUCUCCUGCAUUGAUCAAAGCCGCUGGUAACGCUGUGUGAAAGGAGGGCAUCGGUUCCCCCUCUCCUGCUCCACCUGCAGACACUUCUGCAUUGGCAACUUGGCGCUUUUUUCCCUGGGAGAUCAGUGGAGCUUCCAGCAUACAUCCCGGGGUCCGUUGUCACAGGCCAAGGGGCCAAACUACAAGAGGGGAGAUUCCGGUUGGACGUAAGGAAGAAGUUUUUUACAGGUGGCACAGGCUGCCUGGAGGGGUGGUGCUGCCCCGUCCCUGCAGACAGCCGAGGUCAGGGGAGGCGGCCCUGAGCACUGAUGGAGCUGUGAGUGUCCCUGUGUGUUGCCGGGCAGUGGGAUCUGCUGGCCUUUAGAGGUCCCUUCCAGUUCCAACCAUUCUGUGAUUCUGUAAUAAUUUUGGUUGUUUUUCUGAAAUCUGGUGCUGAGGCCACAUGUGCUCAUUGCUAGACUCUUGCGGUGCGACCUCAUGUGCCCACGUGCUUUAGUCAGCAGGAAGAAGAGGAAAUUGUUUGCAUAGUAUUUAUUGAUAGGAAAAGGGAUAUCUUGGUCUUUGUGACUUUUGGGGGGUGUGAUUGCUCAUGUCCCGGUGUUCCUACAGUGCAGUAUCAUGUGUGCUUCAGGGCCGAGUGUGACAUGGCCCAAAGCAAUCGCUAGUUGCCCCAUUGGCCGCGUGCUGCCUUCUGAGCUCCUGUCCCGCUGCCAGCCUGCUGCUCCCUGACUUGUUUCUGUGCUGGAGAAAGCACUGGUGUGGAGACAGCCUCAAGCUGUGACCGUAGGGUAGGGCUUCUGGAAACAGACGUGUCCGUGCCCCAUCGCAGGGGCUGCUUUGGCAUUUAUAGGGAAACUGUUGGUGCGGGAAGCGGAAAAAUGUAUCUGUGAAAAAUUGAACUCCAAACACUGGCUUUGGCUCAUUCUGAACAAUAAGAGAGCAUGAAAUUGCUGUGAAUCCUCAGGGCUUUCCUGGUCAGUGUGCAAGCCCAUGGAAAACAUUUAUUGUAAAAUACCUUCUAAUUGCAGUGCCUGAAGAAGGCACUUUAGGCCUUUUGAACAGCUUUGCUAUCUUGUUUUCUAUAAGCAAUUAUAUGCAGAGGACUCACAAAGGAGGGCAGGGAUCUUUUCUGCGAGCCUGGAGCCCCUCACGCAGACAUGAUUGUGAGAAGAUCUGUCCUCCCACCCCUUCCCGUUUCUCAUGGAGCUUCAUAGCUGCCGGGGAGCAGCGCGUGGGGAGGUGUAUGGGUACUUGUGAUGGGCCAGACUCGGCCCAGGGGAAGGGGCUGUGGCUGCUGCGAACGGGAGGGCAUCCUCACCCCGAGGUGCUGGUGGGACCUGGGGGAGGUUCUGUGACAGCAGGGUUCCUUUGGGGGCACAGAAACCAGCACAGUGGUUCCCUUUUUCAAAUACCUUUCCCCAAGUGACUUUGCUCCUCGUGCUACAUUUUGUACCGUCUGUGAAAUGGAGACGGUGUCACUGCCAGGAGACACAGGGACAAAGAGCUCCGUAAGAACAAGAAGUGGGUUGGCUCUGCUCUGAGACAGCACGCAGCAUUAAUGUGCUCAGCAGUGUGAUGAGUGGGAAAUUUGUUUUUGACUGAAGGAGCUGAUUAAUGCAGUGCCUGGCAAAUGUAAUUUCAGUGUGUGGGACUGAUUACUUUCAGCAUGUUGGAUUGAUUUAGGGAUCCUCCAGUGAUGGAGCCCGUCUGUGUGUGUUGGUAAGCGGGCUUUUGUCAAUUCGGAUAAUCAGCCUCUGCUCCCAUCUCCCACCUGUGCUGCCCCACGCAGCCGUCCCAAGCAGUCCCAUUGCAUGGAGCUGUGCAGUGCCUCUGGUGCAGAGGCUUUCAUCUCACAGUCAGGAGAACAGCUUUCUUUCAGGGAGGAGGGAUUAAUUUUUCACACAUCUGUCCAUACUGAGCUCUGGAUCGCGAUAAUAGAUGCUUUGUUCAGGCUCUUUUUGUGGAGAGCCUUCUCCACCCUUGUUAUUUCAUUCUCCUUUUGCAUGGCAAAACUUUUUGUCCUGCAUUUCAAAUAGAUACUGAGAGUCCCUGGCAGCUGAACAAGAGAAACAAACUUUGCAGCCCUGUUUUUUAUGCUGCUUUUGGGAGAUGCAUGGUGAUUUGAAGGGUAUUAGAUUGGUUUUGGCAGAGGCAUUUGAUUCCCUGGGAAAUCCACAGCUCCUCUGAUCCCUUACAGAUGGCUUAGGGCCUCCAGAGCCCCCAAGUGACGGGUUUGCUGCUGGGCAGCUGGUCCUGAGCAUGGCAUGGGAGUGUGGUGGGCGCUGCCUGGGACGAGGUAGCAGGACGUGCUCCGUGGUGGGCAGGGGGGAGGCUGUGAGCACUGCUCUGUCCCAUGUGCUCCCAGCUCAGCGUUCAGCCUGAGCAUGGCUCUGCACAAAAACAGAGCCCCAGAGCAAUGCACUCGUCCUGCAGGUGUGUUCCCUGUUGGCUAAUGCUGGUUUGAUUCUCUUAACACCAAGGUCUUCUUGCUCCAGGCAACUCUGCUACAUUGUGCUGGGGGGAGCCGAGCAGGGUGCCCCAACAGGAAUGAAAAACACUUCGGUGUUUGUUAUAACAUCCCCUGAUGUGAAAAUGCUUCCCUCUAUAUCCUGCUCCUCAGAGAUCAUAGCAGUUCAUCGACGUAAUGAACAGAUCGUGUAGGUGUUGAGUAGCAGGGUUUGCUGUGCUGUGCAUGGGCUCUGUAUGCAGGGAGCAGCUGCCUGGGUUACUCUGCAUAUACAUUUACCUAGACUUUCUCUUUUCCCCCAGCAGCCCUAUUACCAUAUUUAAAUGCAAGUAUGUCUGUUUUUUAAUCAAUGUUUUAAGUAGCCUUAAGUGACCCUAGCCUAGCUGCUCUCUGCUCGUGCCCUUGGUAGAUUCCCCGUAGCUAGGAUGGUAGUGGUAGCAGGCUCGUAGUUGGCAGGUUUCUCUGGCUCUCGCUCUCUCCGUCUCUCAGCUUGUGCUGUUCUCUUCUCUCUUGUCUCAGUUGUUUUUCUGUGGUUCUUCAGCACUGCAAAGCAGCUGCGGACUGGGGUCCCGGAGCUGCUGAGGGCAGUGCUGAGGCAGAGGCUGUCCCAGCAGCUGUCCUGGCUGACAGCAGGAGCUCCCAGGGACCAGGAGCGCUCCAAGUGCUUUGUUGACGUGGCAGCACAGGGUACUGGGGGUUCCUGUUGAUUGCCUGGACCUUGCCAUUGCCCUCUUAAAAUAUAUAUUGAAAGUCAAAGCCGCUGGCAGAUCUUUUAAUAUUAAUUAAGUAAAGAAACCGAGUCUGAAAUCUUGCUAGCAGCGUUUCAUUCAUCUGCAGCCCCCCUGUAGCAGGGUGUGUGUCUUCAGGCUCCUUUAUCUGCGGCUGUUUUGCUAUCAAAAGCUUUUUUCCUUCUUUCUUUUUUAAAUUACAUUCCAGUUGAGUUUUUUUCUGCUUGAUCCCAGCAAAUCUGUGAUCUCGACACGAGACCCUUCCCCCGUUUUCCAUUACUGCUCUGUCUGUAGAUCGGCACAUUAUUAUCACUUGCAAAUAAGCAGGGACCGAAAUGCAGCCGUCGCUGUGUGCACGGUCCAGCCCUGCCUGCUGGAGGGGAUGUUGGCUGCGGGCUGUGGGUGGCCCUGCGGGGUCAGCCCAGCACCUCACCUCCUGCAGCGCCGUGCCCAGGAGCCGUGUGCCAGCACUGCCCUGGGGGACGCCCCGCAGAGGCGCGCGGUGCCGCUGGCUUCUUUCUUCACCCUUCUCCUUUUCUC